AUGGGAUCGAACCACUCCAGUCACUCCCAAGAGGUGCAGGUAGAGAGCACCACCGUAGACCCAAAACAGCCGCUUUCACUUCCGAUCCAAAAUCGACGCACACGAUCAGUGACGCUAGCGCCCCCUGAGCCCCAGCUUGGUUCAGGUUUGCCGAUCAAGAGUCGGCGUACUCGUGGAGUCACUCUGGAACCUGCGCCAGGUCGCGAAACAGCAGGCUAUGGUGAGCGCACACUGGCCGCGCCUCCUGAUAUGGCAAGAUCUCCAGUUGCAGUGUUGUCCUCGCCAGCCUCAGCACAGAGCAAGUCCCAUGGCUCCCAUCCGGGCACACCAUCAGUGCAAAUUGCCCAAUCCGCAAGGUCCAGGGUCCACUUUGCCACGUCCCCUGCAUCAGUAGUGGAAAUCACGCCAUACAGUUGGGCUUCGAGUGCAUCAUCGCCAGUGUUUGAAUCUCCGACUUCACCACAUCUUUGGAUGAACACUUUGCACCUGAGUCCGCCAACCGGAUAUCCGGCCGUGCCUUCGACUCAAGCCAUUCCCUCGCAAGCUGUAGCUGCACAAGUAGCACCAGCAGCACCACCCGCACCAGCUCAAGUGAUGCUGCCUUUGCAGGCGGUGGCGCCAGCCGUGCCAGCAGCGCCAGCUGUGCCAAGCCUUCCAGUUACAGCAGGUCAACUAAGUCAACCAGCUGCGGUGCCACCUAUGCUGCCACAGCAGGUGUUUUGGAGAGCACCAGCUGCCACCACUGUGACAGCUGGGGCUGAGUGGUCCGGAAAUCCCCCACCGUCGGCGCAUCCCAUGCACAGGUGA